GUUUUGCCACAGCUGGAAGCACCCUGGUUGGGAAACACUGGUAUAAUGUAUACGCUCCCUCGUGUACCUUCCCUGGUUGGCAUCAUUUAGCCUCCAGGUCACGUGACACCGACAGAGGGGGGCGGGGCUUCCACAGACAAGGAGAAAGAGGAGGACAGAAGGAGAACGGAGUGUGGGGAAGGCAGGAAGGGGUUAAGCGGAGUGUACGGGAAAGGGAGCAACCGGGGGGCAUUGUGUCCGGCAGGAGGAGACCCGGGCGGCCUCAGCAUCCCACAAGGCACAGCCUGUAAUGUGAAGUUGGACCACAGCACUUUACAUCUUCAUCAUGGAAGAGACGGAGAGCCAGGCUGUACCACUUACCUCCUCCAGCCCUGGAGAUGCUCCGGACAAGUCCACCACAGGCUCCGAAAGACCAAAGGAUGUCAUGCAACUCAAGAAGGAAAUCUCCCUUUUAAAUGGAGUCUGCCUCAUUGUAGGCAACAUGAUCGGCUCAGGGAUCUUUGUGUCUCCUAAGGGAGUCCUUAUUUACUCAGCAUCUUAUGGGCUAUCUCUAGUCCUGUGGACAAUAGGUGGCAUUUUCUCAGUGAUUGGGGCCCUGUGCUAUGCAGAACUUGGUACCACCAUUCCUAAAUCAGGAGGCAGCUAUGCAUACAUCCUGGAGGCUUUUGGGGGUUUUGUUGCCUUUAUCAGACUCUGGACCUCACUGCUGAUCAUUGAACCCACCAGCCAAGCGGUGAUCGCCAUCACUUUUGCAAACUACCUGGUACAACCUGUGUUCCCCACUUGUGAACCUCCCUACGUUGCAUCUCGUCUCAUUGCUGCUGCUUGUGUUUGUUUAAUCACCUUUAUAAACUGUGCGUAUGUGAAAUGGGGCACACGGGUUCAAGAUCUCUUCACUUAUGCCAAAGUCAUUGCAUUAAUUGCUAUCAUUAUAACAGGCAUUGUUAAAUUGUGUCAAGGGAAUACUCAGCACUUUGAUAAUUCAUUUGCUGGUUCUUCGUGGGAUGCUGGGGACAUCUCCUUGGCUCUGUAUUCUGCCCUCUUUUCUUAUUCUGGCUGGGACACCCUUAAUUAUGUAACGGAAGAAAUUAAGAAUCCAGAAAGGAACUUGCCAUUGUCCAUCGGGAUUUCUAUGCCAAUUGUCACCAUUAUUUACAUAUUGACCAAUGUAGCUUACUACACUGUGCUGGAUUUUAGUUCAGUGAUUGGCAGCGAUGCAGUGGCUGUGACGUUUGCCGACAUGGUGUACGGUAUAUUCAGUUGGACAAUCCCUUUGGCUGUGGCCCUCUCAUGUUUCGGUGGCCUGAACUCCUCCAUCCUUGCUGCUUCUAGGCUGUUCUUCGUUGGCGCGAGGGAAGGUCAUCUCCCUGAUAUGCUGUGUCUGAUACACCUGGAGAGGUUUACACCAGUGUCUGCUCUUCUCUUCAAUUGCGCUGCUACCCUGGUCUACCUGUCGGUGAGAGACGUCUUCCAGCUUAUAAAUUAUUACAGCUUCAGUUACUGGUUUUUUGUUGGAUUAUCUAUUGCUGGACAGAUCUAUCUGCGCUGGAAGGAACCUGACAAACCAAGACCCGUGAAGCUCAGCCUGUUUUAUCCCAUUGUAUUCUGCCUAUGUACAUUGUUCCUGAUCUGUGUCCCACUGUACAGUGAUACUGUGAACUCUCUCAUUGGGAUUGGCAUUGCUCUUUCUGGUGUUCCAGUUUACCUCAUGGGAGUCUACUUACCCGAGUCCAAAAGGCCGCCCUGCAUCGGCAAAUUAUUUGCUUUUCUUACAAGGUGGACCCAACUGAUCUUCAACUGCGUUGUGACGGAGAUCGAUCUGGCUGAUGAGAAAAAGCUGGAGGUGAAAUCAAAACAGCCUCUAUGAUCAAGUCCUCGACCAGAUGCAUCAUCCUGAGGAAGCGGAAGCUGGAUAUCUGUGCAAUUUUGUGGAGCACAUCAUUGGCUUUAAUUGAAAAUGGUGGAUGAGUGGACAUGUUGUCGUUUGUGUGUUGAUGUAUUUUGGUCAGUAUGUUUAAGCCAAAACCUGGAGAAAUUAGUAUCUCUUACAUGUCUUAGAGCUACAAAUUUUACUGUUUAUUGUUCAGUUCCUGGUUUGGGCUUAUAAAUACAGACACAAAAAUACUGCCAAACUUAGCAGGUGUAAAUUAGGCUUAAGGCUGUGUUCACAUUUGUCCCAAAAAUUUUUAGUGACCUUGGCCAAAUUGGUGCUUGAUACAGUGACUUCUCCAUAAUGAUAGCAAAUUGUGAAAUAACUUGCAGAAAAACCACAGAAUGUAUAGUUGGAAGAUGAUAAAAGAUGGUUAACCUACUAAGGUGGUACCCAAAGUAUUGAUGCACUCCAUUUUAGUGUAUUCUUUGUAUUUUUUUUUGUUACCAAAAGCAGAAUUCCAGAUAAGGUGCAGUGCUAACCUUCUGGACUUCAGGUUGCCUUCAAACAAAUAGUGAACAAUGUAGCUGUUGUUGACCUUGCAUGUGUUUAGUUUAUUACUGGGGUUUGAAUACUGUCCUAAUCCUAAUGUUUUUGCCUUCUGUUUUAUAAGUGUUUAACUGAGUUGGCGUAUUCUCACAUUCUGCAUUUUUUCUAUAUCCUGUGGAUAUGUUAGAAGUGCCUUGUAGGUGGGGUCCCUCCAUUGUGGCUAAGUAUCCACCUAUGAGCAGAAAAAGCGGAAUUAUACCUAUUUACAUUGACUAUUUUACUAUUGGAUAAAGAGAGGUGAAAGCGAUUGCAGAAAAGCUAAGCACUACUGGCUUGGCUGUUACUGUAACUGCUUUAGAACCGACUGUCCCAUCAAUAUUCACUAUGGGAAUGCCCCUUAAUACCUGUGACUUUGCUCUCAUAUCUUUAAGAUGUACUUGCCUUUAGCUCUAAAUUAUGAAUAAGAAACACUCCAAAAAGUAUAGAUUCAGGCAGUAAUAAAGCUGCAAUGUAUAAUACUUUUAGCCAUAAUUUGUACUGCUGGUCAUAGAGUGCCUUCAAGGGAAUCUGUCGGCUGCCUUUCAUGUUCCAAACUGUUAUGACAAGAAGACAUGUGGCACCUUUCAUAUAGCUAAGCAGUUUGGAAUGUAAGUUACUGACAGAUUCCCUUUUUGAAUGAGGGUUUUUUUUACCAGAAAGUGAAUUUAUCCACAGGACCAGCUGUUUGUUUUUCAUGAGGUAAAGUGAUGUGAACUCCCAGUUUAAAAGGGAACUGGUCAUCAUUUUAAGGCCAUGUUCAGACAGUAAAAUGUGCAGAAUGUCUGUCUGGAAAACACUGGUGGACAUUUUUGCACAUUUAUAUAAUCUGGAAAGAAUAGUCUAUUCCUUUUGCGUAUGCUGGAAUCAAGAUUCCUAUGGCAGAAACACACGCCAUGGAAAUUCCACCUUGUGCACCGUGCAGAAGAACUCCAUUGAAAUCAGUAGUACUCUACUGCAGCGGAAUGUCUGUGCAGAAUAUUCCAGCGGAACUCUGCAUUGACAUUCUGCCAUGUGAACAUACCCAAAGUCUGCCUGAACCAAGAGUCAUCGGUACUCUUUCUGUGAUCAAGUAAGUUUGGCAGGGAGAAGCCACUGGGGACUGGUGUGAUAAAUCCUAGUUAAGGGGGUACUCUGGUGGAAAACUUUUUUUUUUUUUUU